AUGAUAUCCGCUUAUGAGUUUUUCAAGUCCGCCCCGAAGGUGGAGCUUCACGUCCAUUUGGAUGCGGCCUUCGAUACCCGUCUCCUGUACGAGGUCGCUCAAAGAGACCUCGCGUCGCUCCCACAAGAGGAACCAGCACCAUGGCGUGGCGGAAGUGUGCGCGUGAGAGAACAGAUCGCGGAGUGUGAGGGCUUCGAUGAAUUCUCUCGAAUUGUGAAGAUGAGGGCUGAGGACGUUGUUGCUGGGCAGCUCGAUAGAGAUAAUAGUGGAAACCUCUGA